UUUUUCUUCAGAUCUCUGGUUUUUGUUUCUGAGAGGAAGGAAUUGAAGAAGCAAGAACUGAUGACGUCACGGUCAAAGGCUGGAGAUCAUGGCGCGGAAGAAGACUUGCCGGAUUGCCAACCUGGCAAGUUCGAAUAUACGGACGGAGUGUAUGUUGCAGCAGCUCGGAGCUUUCGGAGUAGGCCACAACCAACCCUAAAGAUAUACAACAGCGCAACAGCUCGAGCGAGGCGGAGGCGAAAGACUCGGAAGACUGUGACGGGCUUGGACAGACGUGACCGCCGGCAGCAACACGUGCACAACAAUAGCUUCGUCGCUCCUCAUGCAAGUCGGUCAUUGGCAGUGAGUCGGCAACGACGUCAAGCUGAAGGCAACGCCAAUGCACAUCUCCUUUAAUUUACCAUGAAUAGCAGUGCUUUGCUCAAUUUGGCAUUUUCCCAUCCACGUCUACCAUGAGCCGAGUCAACGCCGCUUCGACUGCCGCCGGCCGUGAGCACAAGGGGCAUGACAAGCCCGGGAAGCCGCUUGUCCCCAAGGUCGAACCUCGGGUAACUAGGGCACGAGCUGAUGAUGCUUCGGGGGCCGGCGCCUCCAAGAAGCCGCGUGUUGAGGGCACCUCCUCCAAGGCCAUCAUCGUGGCUGAUGACUCCGAUGGGGAGCCCGGAAGUCCCCUCAAGCGGAAGCGCACUCCCCGGACCAAUCUCCGUGCCUCUCCUCCGAGGAAUUCCGACGUCCGCCGUCUCCGGGAUGAUGGUACCCCAACCGCCAAAGGUUCUGACGACGCCCGUCCAAACUUUCCCCCAGGAGCCAGUGAGUCUUCUCUUGGCUUGAUCGAGUUUUCUGGGGUUGGCCCCCGCAAGGAGUCUAUGAUGCUCUUUGGCCAGACAGCAUCCUCCAUCUGGUGUGGGCUGAAUCUCAAGGUCCCGCAGGAUUUCGCUGCUCAGGAGGCCCCUGAAGAUCUCUUGGAGUGCGGCCAGAGCACACUGGAUAAGGCCGGGCUCUACUUUCACAGGGCUCGGAUGGCCUUCGAGCAUCAGGGCAGGGAGAUGGCCAGGGUGCGGGCCGAAUGUGAUGCCCUUCUGAGGAAUGCAAAAGGCAGGGCUGGAACUCUUCAAGAGAAAGCCGACGCCUAUGACAAGCUCGUUCAGGAGAAUGCCUCUCAGAAGGAGCUCCUUAAGAAACAGGAGGCCGAGCUUGUGGAUCUUCGCAGUCGGAUGUGGGCCGUAGAUCAGGCCAAGGUGGAACUCCGCCGGACAGGCGUGGACAAUCAUGUUCCUAUCUACGAAGCCGAUGUUGCCAAGAUUAAGGAAUCUGGUUCCAUUGCCUUCCAGAAAUCCAAAGCUUACACUGGUGCCAUCCACACCAUGGCCAUGAAGUUUCUCUCGAGGCUCGUCGGAGAAUUUCUAGCCACCUGCCCGGACGCCUAUCUGGAUGGGGUCAAAUUGCUCCAGGCCACCCCCACCGGACGGCGUUUCCUUGAUGAUCUUGCCGAUGAUACCUAUCGCAAGGGCAUGGUUGGGCUCGUAGCGGAGAAUCUCCCCACGUUCGAGCGUCACUUCGGGGCUCCUUUCGAUCCGGAGGCGGUUGGCUUUGAUGUUCUGAUGGCGGAUGCUCAUGCGGGGGCCCUCGAGCUGCUGAAGGAGCAGGCGGAAGCCGAAGCUAGUGAAAAAUCCAAGCAGACUCUUUCCCAAGUUCCAGCCCCGGACGUCAAUCGGCAGUGAUUCUCCGCUCAUUACCUUGUACUUGUACAAUUUUUUCCAUUAUUUGCAUUGUACCUUCGCACAUUGUAGUUUUCCGGCCAAUAGUGCCGAAGAAUAAAAAUCAUUCUUUGCUCCAUGCUCUUCUGGCAUCUUUUUUUUUUUUUUUUGGAGUCUUUUAGUCUUCGUUCUUCCUUGGUCCUUGGUCCUACCGGCGUCCCUACUUCGAGGAGACGUUCGGUAUCCGCAGACAUCGCAAGGAGGAACAGGUUUAUCUACAUCGAGAUUCCCCCUUUUUUCGUUCGUCCGUGGUCCUUUUAGUCUUACCGGCGUCUCUUGCUUCGAAGAAGACGUUCGGUACCCAAGGAACUCGCAGGGACGAACAGGUUUACCCUCACGGGUUCCCGACUUUGUUAUCCCACGUCCAUCGAUCCAUGGUCAUUUGUGGGAUAGACAGGUUUAUCUUGGCAGGCUCCCUUGGUUCGUCUAGCCCCCUCCACGUCUCUACUAACCUCUGCAUCGAGAGGCGUUCGUCUUCGGCGGUGGGGGAAGAUCUGGCACGCCCGGG